CUCCCAAAUAGAUCUCAUCUAUAUAUUCUUGAAUUCGACUCUGAUCUGUAUAAGUUAAUAUGUAUAUUUAUUUCUUCCUGCGGUAUACCUAAUUCAGCAGUACCAGAAAUCAGAAGAGAUGUCUCGUACUGUUUCCCCGUGUGCCGCUUGCAAGGUUCAGCGAAGAAAAUGUGGAGAUAAAUGCCUCCUCGCUCCUUAUUUCCCACCAAACGAUCCUCAAAAAUUCUUCGUAGUACACAAAUUAUUUGGAGCAAGCAAUAUUGCCAAAAUCCUUCGGGAUAUUCCGGCUGAAAAGAGAGCAGAUACUGUGACAAGCCUGGUAUAUGAGGCAAGUGUGAGAGUGAAAGAUCCAAUCUACGGUUGCACUGGUGCCAUUUGUCGAUUGCAGAAGCAAGUAUUACAUCUCCAAUCACAACUGGCAACCACUAAGGCAGAGAUCCUGGAUGUACAGGCUAAUCUUGCGUCUUUUGUCACAGCAACUAGAAUGGAUGUACAGGCUAAUCUUGCGUCUUUUGUCACCGUGUUCUGUAAUUCCGGUGAAACAGCAACUAGAAUGGAUGUAGUAGAUCAAAACGAUCCAUUUAGUAAUAACGAAGUAAUAGUUUCACAAUACGACGAGGACCCAUUUGGAUUAUGGGCGCCACUGUGAAACUGUUAGGGUUAUCUGUAGCCAUGCCCACUGUGAAACUGUUAGGGUUAUAUAGCUUACCAGUCAUUCUUUAAUUUGGGAUCAUAUAUUUUUAGUCAUAUUUAUAGUACA